GAAAAAUAGGCUAGCAUGGCAGCACUGAUUUUUUCAAUUUUUGGCUAUGACUACCGCUAGUUGAACCCGAGUUCGUGUCAUUCGUACUCAGUGCCUCACAUAAGUCAAACGUUGUUCAGCAGCCGCCAGCAAGUCACAGCAACAGGACGACGAAUGUCUGUAGCGAAACUAACAAAACGAUAACAAAACACACUAUAAACAAAGCUUCGUACUAAAAAGCGAUUACGACAAAAAAAAAAAAAAUAACUCUAGCUUCGUAAAAAAGCAAGCUGACAGUGCAUGUGUUUAUAAAAAAUUCUAAAAAAAAUUUUAUUUUGAAAAAGAUUACAAAAAAAACACGACGAGCGAAGUUUUUUUUCGCACAUGCGCGAACUCCGCACAAAAAAACUAAAAAGCACACGCCAAAAAAUAGACAAAAAAGACUAAAAAGGAGCAACAACAACAACAACAACAACAGCAUCAACACACACACAAAUUCCCGCCCUACGCGUGUGUGUGCGUGUAGGUGCAUGAGUGUGCAAGUGUAAUACGCGUUUUUGUUUCGCACGCACAUUUAUCGCCGUUUUGUUUGAUUUAACGGUGCCGCCGCCGCGGUCAAGUGUAGAGAGAACGCGAGAGCCGCCAACGCUGUCAAUUCCAGAUUACCGUCUCCCCACUAAUUCGGUGCCAAAUUUUUGGAGAUUUGCUUAAAUCGCCUAAGCCGCAGCCAGCAACAGCAGCAGCCGCCAACAUGCAGAACUGGGAGACGAGCACAGCGUCCGCCAACUACGAGCAGCACAAUGCCUGGUACAGCAGCAUGUUUGCCGCCAACAUUAAGCAGGAGCCGCUUUCAUCGCACCAUCAUCAGCUGCAGCACGAGCACAGCAGCAACAGCAACAACAGCAACAGCAACGGCAGCAGUCCGCAUCAGUCGCCGCUGCCUUCGCCCAAUGCGCACACCACGCAGUUGGAGCAAUAUUUGAAGCAACAGCAGCAACAACAACAACAACAGCAGCAACAGCCCAUGGAUACGCUGUGUGCUGCCGCCAUGACGCCUUCGCCCAGCAACAAUGACCAAAACAGCCUGCAACAUUUUGAUGCCACGCUGCAACAGCAAUUGUUGCAGCAGCAGCAAUACCAGCAGCACUUUCAAGCCGCACAACACCAACAGCAGCAGCAGCAGCAGCAACAUCAUCACCUAGGACUGGGCGGCUUCAAUCCACUAACGCCACCUGGUCUGCCCAAUCCCAUGCAACAUUUUUACGCCGCCAACAUGCGUCCCAGUCCACAGCCCACGCCCACUGCAACAGCAGUAACAGCAACAGCAGUUGCUGCCCUGCAAACCAGCGACAAGUUGCAGGCGCUGACGCCACCCAUGGACGUGACGCCGCCCAAGUCGCCCGCCAAGUCGCAACAGUCCAGCGCCGAGCUGGAGAAGGAGCACGAUCUCAUCUCGAACUCCAGCGAGGAUAUGAAGUACAUGGCCGAGUCCGAGGACGACGACAGCAACAUACGCAUGCCCAUCUACAAUUCGCAUGGCAAAAUGAAGAACUACAAGUGCAAGAGCUGCGGCGUCGUCUCCAUCACCAAGUUGGACUUCUGGGCCCACUCGCGCAGCCACAUGAAGCCCGACAAGAUGCUGCAGUGCGCCAAGUGUCCGUUUGUCACCGAGUUCAAGCAUCACCUCGAGUACCACAUACGCAAGCACAAGAACCAGAAGCCCUUCCAGUGCGACAAGUGCAGCUACACCUGCGUCAACAAGUCCAUGCUCAACUCGCAUCGCAAGUCGCACAGCUCGGUGUAUCAAUAUCGCUGCGCCGACUGCGAUUACGCCACCAAAUACUGCCACAGCUUCAAGCUGCAUCUGCGUAAAUAUGGACACAAGCCCGGCAUGGUGCUGGACGAGGAUGGCACACCCAAUCCUUCGUUGGUCAUUGAUGUCUAUGGCACACGCCGUGGACCCAAGAGCAAGGGCGGCUCAGGCGGCGGCGGCGGCAGCAGCUGCGGCAGUAACAAUAGACGCAGCAGCAGCAGCCACCACCACCACCAGCAACAACAACAACAGCAGACACAGUCCGUGGUAACCCCAGUGCCCACAUCUCAGCUCUCUGCUGCGCUGCAAGGUUUUCCUGCUGCGCCUGCCAAUGCGGCACCUGCUCCUGCUGCCGUCUCACCGCCCUCGCCAGCCAAGAGUGUGGCCAGCGCCGAGCAGGCCCCUUCACUGCCCAGCGCCUUGCUGCCACCUUUGGCCAGCUUGCUGCAGCAGAACCGCAACAUGGCCUUCUUUCCCUACUGGAAUCUCAAUCUUCAAAUGCUGGCCGCGCAGCAACAGGCCGCUGUCUUGGCUCAAUUGUCGCCGGGCAUGCGUGAACAGAUGCAACAGCAACAACAACAACAGCAGCAGCAGCAGCAACAGCAACAGCUGCACAGCGACAACGAAGAAGAGGAUCUGGAGGAUGACUUUGAUCGCAAGUCUGUGGACUCAGCCAUGGAUCUUUCGCAAGGCACCCCCAUCAAGCAGGAGCCAGUGCAACAGCAGCAGCAGCAGCAGCAGUUGUCGCACAGCAGCAACAUGGCUAUGAAUCUCAAGCUCAAGGAUGAGGAUACACCCAUUAUCAGCAGCAGCAGUGCAUCGCGUCGUAAGGGACGCGUGCUCAAGUUGGACACGCUGCUGUCACUCAAAUCCGCCGCCAUGUCAACGCCAGAGCAAACACUCAAGCUGCCAGCCAGUGUGCUGCCCACCGCCUCGUCGCCCAUUGCCGGCAGCAGCGCCAACAAGCAGCUGGCCGAUGAUGCCUGCUCUGGUGCCAGCUCCGCUGAUGAGUCCAUGGAAACGGCGCAUGUGCCGCCAGUCAACACCAGCGCCAGCUCCACCGCCUCCAGCUCCGGCAACAGCUCCAAUGCCAGCAACAGCAGCAGCAAUGCUGCCGCCCCGCCUGUUGCCGCUGCCAACAACAGCAUCAGCAGCAACAACAACAACUCUGCCUCUGUGUCCAGCUCCAGCUCGAGCACGGGCAGCGGCAACAACACGCCUGCCAUUUACGAGUGCAAGUAUUGUGAUAUCUACUUUAAGGACGCCGUGCUGUACACCAUCCACAUGGGCUACCACAGCUGCGACGAUGUCUUCAAGUGCAACAUGUGUGGCGAGAAGUGCGACGGUCCCGUCGGUCUCUUCGUGCACAUGGCUCGCAAUGCGCACUCCUAAACUCAACUGUUAUCUUAUCUAUUAUUAUUAACAUUUUAUCGUUGUCCAGAAUUGUAAAUACUCGUAGCUUAAGUUUAAAUUUCGUUGUCGACAAUUGUACAUAAGCCAAAAAACGCACAAACCCCCAAUCCCCCAACUAACUCUUAGUUCUAAGCCAACACACAAACUAUUUCUAACUCACUCGCUCUCUCUCUCUCUCUCACUCUCACUGUCACUCUUUUUUCUCUAUAGCUAUCGCUAUGUUUGCCUAAGUCGUUAAAUAAGUCUGCAAAGUAACGAACGAAGAAACCCUGAAAAAGGUUUAAAACCCUCUCAAUUCUUAGUAAAGUAACUUAAGUAAUUAUAACAACUAUCUAUAUAUAUUAUUAUUUUUAAUACAUAAGUCAAGUCAGCAAACAGUCCAAAGUCGCAUUAGCAUAACAAUAAUUAGUGUCAUAUUAAUUUUUAUUAAACAACAAAGCAAACAAAAUAAAUGUUUAGUCUUAAAGAA